AGCCGCCGCCGCCUCUCCCCUUGGCACCGAGAAGGGACUCCCCGCGUUCCCGGAGCAGGGGCCAGCCGCAGCCGCCGGGCUGUGCCCGCGGCGAGCAGGGCCAGGCCCGGCCCCAGCCCGGCUGCGCCACCGGGGCCUGCCCGGGGUGGGAGAGAAGGAGGAGGAGGAGGAGGAGGGACUCCGCAGCGGCAACAACUGACGUGUCCCCGCCAUGGAGCUCGGCGUGAUUCAUCAGCGGCUGCGGGGCAGCAGCGGAGUGCCUCGCACCGUCCCCGUGUAGGCACGGCCGCGGCGGGGACAGCCACGGCACCGCUCUGCUGCCCGCACCGCCCUCCUCCUCCUCCUCCUCCUCCUCCUCCUCGCCGCCUGCUCCUCUGCCCCUGCGGCGACGCGGGGAUCCCGGGGGAGGCAAGAUGGAAGAAAUCCUGCGAAAGCUGCAGAAGGAGGCGUCGGGUAGCAAGCACAGGGCCAUCAAGGAGAGCUGCACCUGGGCUAUCGAAACCUUGGAUUCUCCUGAUGCUGCUAUCAAGAUACCUCCAUAUCAGCUAAGGGAGAAGUGUCUCCUUCCUCUCCAACUAGCUCUGGAAUCGAAGAGCAUGAAGCUGGCCCAACAGGCUCUAGCAGGGAUGCAGAAGCUGCUGUCUGAUGAGAGGUUUGUAUCCGUGGAAACAGACUCAGAUGAGAAACAGUUGCUUAAUCAGAUGCUGAAUGCUGUCAAAGUGACUCCUUCACUCAACGAAGACCUGCAGGUUGAAGUGAUGAAGGUCUUGCUCUGUAUAACAUACACCUCCACAUUUGAACUGAAUGGGAGUUCAGUGUUGAAGAUUGCUGAGGUUUGCAUUGAGACAUAUGUAUCUAGCUGUCACCAGCGGAGCAUUAACACCGCUGUGCGGGCAACCCUCAGCCAAAUGUUGAGUGACUUGACUUUACAGUUACGACAAAAGCAAGAAAACAUGACAGUGGAAAACCAUGACACCUCGCAGAAAUUCAAGAGUCAAGGUGCUUCAGCUGAGUCUCUUUGUGAUGAUGUUGUAUCUGUCCUCACUGUGCUCUGUGAGAAGCUCCAGGCUGUCAUAAAUGACAAUCGGCAACUUCAGCUACUUUACUUGGAGUGCAUCCUCUCCAUGUUAAACAGCUCCUCUCCCAGCAUGCACCAGCACAAAGGAUUCACUGAUCUAAUAUGGAAGCAACUGUGUCCAGCCCUAGUAGUAAUCUUGGGAAAUCCAAUCCAUGACAAAACUAUCACCUCUGCCCACAGCAGCAUCUGCCUUGAGGCUGAUUCACCUUCCUCAGGGGUCUCUGAUCAUGGACGGGGUUCAGGUUGUUCUUCCACAGCACCUGCCCUUAGUGGGCCUGUUGCACGGACCAUAUAUUAUAUUGCAGCAGAACUGGUUCGACUGGUGGGGUCGGUGGAAUCCAUGAAGCCUGUGCUGCAGUCUCUCUAUCACCGGAUAUUGCUUUACCCACCACCUCAGCACCGAGUAGAAGCCAUCAAAAUUAUGAAAGAGAUACUUGGCAGUCCUCGGCAACUUUGUGAUUUAGCAGGGCCUUGCUCUUCUGAGUCAGAAUCCAGGAAGAGGUCUAUUUCUAAAAGGAAGUCCCAUCUGGAUCUUCUCAAGCUUAUCAUGGAUGGGAUGACAGAAGCAUGCAUCAAAGGUGGUAUUGAAGCAUGUUAUGCUUCAGUGUCCUGCGUCUUUGCCCUGCUUGGAGCAUUAGAUGAGCUGAGCCAAGGGAGGGGUCUUAGUGAAGAGCAGAUCCAGCUGCUGCUUCGGCGAUUAGAAGAAUUGAAGGAUGGGACCGAGACGAGCAGGGACUCCGUGGAGAUCAAUGAUGCUGACUUCAGGUGGCAGAGGCGCAUCCUGUCCUCAGAAAAUCCUGCCUGGGAAUCAGCAAAUGAGAAAAGUCCUGAUAUUAGUAUUAGCGUUACCACAGACACUGGUCAGACCACUUUGGAAGGGGAUAUGGGACAGACAACUCCAGAGGAUAAUCCAGGAAGUCAAAAAAACUCACUGCCAUCUCCAGUUGCACAUGAAAGCAGAGAGAUUCAUUAUAGAGAACCAGAAUCAGAAACCAUUGACCAGCCAGAUGUUGUUCAGAGAAGCCACACCAUAGUCUAUCCAGAUAUAACUAACUUCUUGUCAGUUGAUUCCAAGACCCGGUCCUAUGGAUCCAGAUACAGUGAAAGUAACUUCAGUGUAGAUGACCAAGACCUUUCUAGGACUGAGUUUGAUUCAUGUGAUCAGUAUUCCAUGGCAGCAGAGAAGGACUCGGGCAGGUCAGAUGUCUCAGACAUAGGCUCUGACAACUGCUCCCUGGCUGAUGAGGAGCAGACACCACGGGACUGUCCAGGACACAGGUCCUUACGUACUGCUGCGCUCUCUCUGAAAUUGCUGAAAAACCAAGAAGCAGACCAGCACAGUGCACGGCUGUUUAUCCAGUCACUUGAAGCUCUUCUUCCUAGGCUUAUAGCUCUUCCUAGCAUAGAGGAGGUGGAUGGAGCACUUCAGAGCUUCUCUUCAACAUUCUGCUCAGUUACUCACCUUAUCCACGCCCCCAAAGUGACGACAGUGGAAAGUCCGAGAAGGCAGCAGCACAGAGCUUUCAAACCCUCACGAGGUAUGAUGCACUCACCAGGAUUUGAGGGAAACCUAAAUUUCAGCUUCCAGACUCUGAUGAAUGCAGACAGUCUCUACAUGGUCUCACAUUACACUCUGCUGCUCAACCUAAAAUUGGCUAACUCUGAUUACUACAGGAAGAAACCUGCCCAAGCCCCUGUGUUGCUGAAGGAGUUCAUGAAGCAGGUCCAGUCCAGUGGAGUGUUGAUGGUAUUUUCCCAAGCCUGGGUUGAAGAACUGUACCACCAGGUACUAGAAAGGAACAUGCUGGGGGAAGCUGGAUACUGGGGAAGCCCUGAAGAGCACAGCCUUCCACUGAUCACCAUGUUGACCGACAUCGAUGGUUUGGGAAGCAGUGCAAUCGGUGGCCAAUUGAUGGCAUCUGCUUCAGCUCAAUCUCCUCUUUCCCAAAACCAGAAGACAGAUGACUCUGUUGUUGCAGGAGUUGCUUUUGCCCGAUACAUUUUAAUCGGCUGUUGGAAGAACUUGAUUGACACUUUGUCCACACCACUGACUGGCCGCAUGGCAGGCAGCUCCAAGGGGCUGGCCUUCAUCUUGGGAGCAGAAGGAGCCAAAGAGCAGAACCAAAAGGAGAAGGACUCCAUCUGCGUGAGCCUGGAUGGACUGAGGAGGGCAGCCCGACUGAGCUGUGCUCUAGGAGUUGCUGCUAACUGUGCAUCUGCUCUUGCCCAAAUGGCUGCUGCCUCCUGUGUCCAAGAAGAGAAAGAAGAAAAAGAAGUCCCAGAGCCCAGUGACACUAUAGCUCAAGUGAAACAGAAAGUGGAGCAGAAACUGGAACAGAUGGGGAAAGUGCAGGGAGUGUGCCUGCACACUGCUCAUGUUUUGUGUAUGGAUGCAGUCCUUAAUGUGGGCCUGGAGAUGGGAAGCCACAAUCAGGACUGUUGGCCUCAUGUAUUCAGAGUAUGUGAGUACAUCAGCACAUUGGAGCACACCCACUUCAGCGAUGGUGCUUCACAGCCCUCCCUUACCAUCACCCAGUCACAGCAGGCACCCGGAGGGCUGCACGCAGACUCUGAUCCUGGGGACUCUGCCCAGGCACUGACCCCUGAGCAGGAUACCACCCUCAGCAACAAUCCUGUCAUUCAGCCGGUUUCUAUCCAGGAACUCAUCAAGGAGAGCAGUAAGGGCAGAGCUUUUGACUUCCGUGGAGGCAGCCUGCUGUGUGGGACCAGUGCUGCCAAGGCUGUCCUCACGCUUUCUACACAAGCUGACAGGCUCUUUGAAGAUGCUGCUGACAAGUUAAACUUGAUGGCACUGGCAGGCUUUCUUUAUCAGCUCAAGAAGGCUUCUCAGGCCCAGCUUUUCCAUUCAGUCACAGAUACAGUUGAUUACUCCCUAGCAAUGCCAGGAGAAGUGAAAUCUACCCAGGACAGGAGAAGUGCACUUCACUUGUUCCGACUUGGUGAUGCCAUGCUCAGAAUUGUAAGGAGUAAAUCUCGCCCGUUGCUCCACCUCAUGCGCUGCUGGAGCCUGGUGGCACCCCACCUUGUAGAGGCUGCCUGUCACAAGGAGAGACAUGUGUCUCGGAAGGCUGUCUCCUUCAUCCAUGACAUCCUCACUGAAGUGCUGACGGACUGGAAUGAGCCUUCUCAUUUUCACUUUAAUGAGGCACUUUUCCGCCCCUUUGAGCGUAUCAUGCAGCUAGAGCUGUGUGACGAGGAUGUCCAAGACCAGGUGGUCACCUCUAUAGGAGAGUUGGUGGAAAUGUGUUCUACCCAGAUCCAGUCAGGAUGGAGACCCCUGUUCAGUGCCCUGGAAACAGUGCACAGCAGCAGCAAGUCAGAGGUUAAGGAGUAUCUUGUAGGAGAAUACUCUAUGGGGAAACGCCAGGCUCCAGUGUUUGAUGUCUUUGAAGCAUUUCUAAACACAGACAGCAUCCAGGUCUUUGCCAAUGCUGCCACCAGUUAUAUUAUGUGCCUUAUGAAGUUUGUCAAAGGACUGGGGGAAGUAGAUUGUAAGGAGAUGGGUGACUGUGUGCCAGGAUCAGGACCUGCAUCUACAGACUUGUGCCUUCCCGCGCUUGAUUACCUCAGGAGAUGUUCUCAGUUAUUAGCCAAAAUCUAUAAAAUGCCCUUAAAACCCAUUUUCCUCAGUGGCCGGCUAGUUAACUUGCCCCGAAGAGUGCAGGAACAGUCAGCCAGCAGUGAGGAUGGUAUUGAGUGCAUCCUUUCCGACUUUGAUGAUGACACUGGCCUUAUCAAUGUCUGGAUUAUUCUUCUAGAAGAAUUAACAACUGCCAUAUCCAACUGUCCCCGUCAGCACCAGCCUCCUACUCUGGAUCUGCUCUUUGAAUUGCUGAGAGAUGUUGCCAAAACACCUGGACCAGGAUUUGGCAUUUAUGCAGUUGUACAUCUUCUUCUUCCCACGAUGUCUCUUUGGCUCCAUCGCAGCCAUGGUGACCAUUCUUACUGGGAUGUGGCAUCUGCUAAUUUCAAGCAUGCCAUUGGCCUUUCCUGUGAACUUGUAGUGGAACACAUUCAAAAUUUCAUCCACUCAGAUAUCGGUUAUGAAAAUAUGAUUAAUACUAUGCUGAAAGAUCUUUUCAAGUUGCUGGUAGCCUGUGUAGCAGAACCAACAGAAAUUAUUUCCAGAGUUGGCUGCUCUUGUAUCAGGUAUGUGUUAGUGACAGCAGGGCCUGUUUUUACUGAAGAGAUGUGGAGGCUUGCAUGUUGUGCCUUGCAAGAUGCAUUCUCUGCCACUCUGGAGCCAGUAAAGAACCUGUUGGGCUAUUUCCACAGUGGUUCUGAAAGCUUUAGUGGAGACGCCUGUGAAGUGAAGGUGGCAGCCCCUUCCCUCUCGCCAAGUGCUGAAGCUGAAUACUGGAGAAUCAGAGCCAUGGCACAACAGGUCUUCAUGCUGGAGACUCAGUGCUCCCCAAAGACCCCUAGCAACAAGGAAGGGUUUGAACAUGCCCAGUCGUGCGUGCUCAUCAUUGACCUGCCACCAGAUAAGAAACCAAAUGGGCAUACCCAGAGAAGGAAGCUGGGUAUUCCUUUCAGGACGAUAGUGGUGAGUUUGCUGUCCCACCAAGUAUUGCUCCAGAAUUUAUAUGACAUCUUACUGGAAGAAUUUGUGAAAGGCCCUUCUAACUUGGAGGAGAAAAUGACAAUACAAGUACCAGAAAACAAGUUGGCUGGUUUUCUCAGGUACAUCUCCAUGCAAAACCUGGCUGUCAUCUUUGACUUACUGCUGGACUCCUAUAGAACAGCCAGAGAGUUUGACACCAGACCUGGACUGAAGUGUUUGCUGAAAAAGGUUUCUGGCAUUAGUGGAGCUGCCAACUUGUAUCGCCAGUCAGCAAUGAGCUUCAACAUCUACUUCCAUGCUUUGAUUUGUGCAAUCCUGACAAACCAGGAGAACAUCACUGCAGAGCAAGUGAAAAAGAUCCUGUUUGAAGAUGACGAGAGAAGCACAGACUCAUCACAGCAGUGUUCAUCAGAAGAUGAAGACAUUUUUGAAGAAACUGCCCAGGUCAGUCCCCCACGAGGGAAGGAGAAGAGACAGUGGAGGGCUCGAAUACCAUCUCUGAGCGUACAGCCUGUCAGCAAUGCAGACUGGGGAUGGCUUAUCAAGCGGCUUCAUAAGCUCUGCAUGGAACUGUGCAACAACUAUAUCCAGAUGCAUUUGGACCUGGAGAAUAAUGUAGAGGAGCCGCCAGCAUUCAAAGGUGACCCUUUCUUCAUUUUACCAUCCUUUCACUCAGAAACCUCCACCCCGUCAACUGGAGGGCAAUCUGGGAAGGACACACCAUCGGAAGAUGACCGGAGUCAAAUCAGGGAUCAGCUGGGAGACAGCCUGACACCCCGAGGAGGGAGUGGAGAAAUACUGCUGCUACCCCCACCCCUAAGUCCUAAACCAGAGAAAAAAGAGCAAACCAGGAAAAAAGAAUGGUGGGAGAGUGCUGGCAACAAGAUCUAUACUAUAGCCGCUGACAAAACUAUCUCCAAGCUCAUGACAGAAUACAAGAAAAGAAAGCAGCAACAGGCCAUGACAUCCUUCACCAAAGAGGUCAAAGUGGAAAAGAAAGGAGAACUUCUCAGUUCAAGAGGGCCAGAUUCGCCCAUACUCCAGCGGCCACAACAUCUUAUAGAUCAAGGUCAAAUGAGGCAUUCAUUCAGUGCUGGUCCAGAGAUCCUGAGACAAGAGAAGAGACCACGCUCAGGAUCCACAGUCAGCUCCCUGAAUAUAUCUGUUAGGGAUGCCGAGGCCCAGAUACAGGCAUGGACCAACAUGGUGCUGACAGUUCUCAACCAGAUUCAAGCCCUGCCAGACCAAACUUUCACAGCCCUGCAGCCAGCAGUGUUCCCCUGUAUCAGCCAGCUGACCUGCCACGUGACAGAUAUCCGUGUCCGCCAAGCAGUACGGGAAUGGCUGGGAAGAGUGGGACGAGUUUAUGAUAUCAUCAUUUAAACCUAGCUGUGCUCUGCUGCAAAGGGAAGAAGACAUCACAGGUAUACAGCAAAGAAGUACUUGGGGUUCAUUAAUUGCCUAUUUGUUGGUGGUACAUUAAGUAACAAUGAGCUUGUCAAUGUAUAUCUUCUAUCUGCUUGAGAAUGUGUCCCCCUCACUCACACUAGCAAAGGAGGCAAAGCAUGAGUAUGUCCAGCAUGGUCUGAAAUGGCCCCAGAACCCAGAAACUGCCAGUAAAUCAGGCUGGUAACCUAAGGGGCUGAUACAUUUCAGUAGACUUCAUUUUAAUUCAAAUUUGCAACAGUGGGAGCCACAAUAAACUGAAGCAGAACUUCCACACAUUUAGCUGUGAACACAACUCUCAUCUGGAUGAGAAACCAGGCCAGUAAACCUGUGUAACUUUGGAAAAAGAAAUAAAUAGAAGGCAGGGAAAAGGUGGGGCUGUAGGACAAGUAAAAAGCUGACAGUUGUUUAGGGUAACUUUUUUCCCUUCUGAAAUUAGCAUGAGAGAAGAAAGCCAAAUGAAGGUUAUUCUAGUAAUUGUAGUUACUAAUAUGCCUCACUCACUAGAGAAAGUGGAAAUUUAUUUUGCUCCAAGCGCAGCCUUUGAAGCCUGGUCACAUUCGGGGUAGCUAAUAAGUGACUAUUAAAGUAUCCUAAGUCUAAAACUGGUGAACCAAGCACAGACUAUUCAUCCUUUCAUUGCUCUUGUGGAGUGUUGCUUGAAGAUAAAUGGCACUAUCAAAGCUGCCCUCUCUACAAUACUACUCAGUCUGCCUCUUCAGCUACACUUAACAGCUGAUCAUUUUUCCACGUGUCUAGUUCCCCCUAACGGCAACAGGGAAGUUUGUUUUGCUGUUUCCUGUGAAGCUGGUAGAGAUGACACACCACAGAGCAAAUACCAGCAUGUGCUAACAUCCAGCAUUCAACUUAACAGAGUAAAGUGUUCUGGUUUAAGCAACACUGCAGCUAAGUUAGUGUAUGCUUCUAACUGGAAAUGUUUGCUUACAUAAAGCUGCUGUAGCCAGGAAGACUAUUAUCACCUUUGUUAAACUUAGCCUAUCACUCCACAUUGAGCUGAAUCAAGAUGGAAAAUAGUCUGAAAGGAAGGUAUUUUUCUUGUUUCUCUCCCAUUUCUUGUCCGCUGCUGUAAAUUGAAGGGGAGAGAUCCUCAUGGAGGUACAUUCCCCUCUAUGCAGCACUCCUAUAGGGACUACUACCAUUUGCUGAUAUUAUUAAGGGGAAGGCUUGACUAUUGUGUUAUCAAAUACAUGCGCGAUACUGUUCACACUAGAAACAGCAAAGGGUUACCUCGCUGCACAAGUUAUGUCACAGCCUCUGGGACAUACCAUCUUGUACUCCCAUAGUACAUAAUUUGUUGAUUAGAAAUUAAAAUAAUUUGUUGAAAAUAAGUUGAUUUUAAUCUUAGGUGACCCUUUAAUGAUGUUGUCCCAAGGCUUUUAAAAUGUGCACACCAACUAAAUAUACAGCUUCAGUCCCUGCUCCCUCCAUCUUCAAAAUGGCAUCUCCUUGUAUCAGGCCUGGAUUUUGCACAGCUAUCUGUUUUUAGCAUCUUAAAGGUAGAGAAACAGAGGGAGCCAAGAGGCUCCACUGAAGAGUUGUCACCCAAACUGAUGUGUUUACAAAGGGUCUGCUACUAUCCUCCUGCCUUUUCCCUCCAUUUCCCACUUCCCAUUUGUCACCUGCUAGACUUGGGCAGGGAAUAUUUGUCCCUUAACUUUCUGUAGCAUCAGUCACAAUGUUUCUCUUUCUUUCAAAACUUUCCUUUGCUAAAUUGUUUCAAGGACAUAAAAAUUCUGUAAAACCAACUCUUUCUUCCCACCGACAUUGACUUUACAAAUAAGUAAUUUAGCAAUUUUAUCAAUUGUCAAUUUUCCCCCAACAAUUUCAGUAUGUCCUUGGGGAAAGGUACAAUUAGUCCUUGUUACAUGGGACAGUUGUGGCAUGGUUAGAUUUCUGUUGCCAUGUUUUUCUUACAUAUCUUCAGGUAAAGUAAGAAAUUGGUUAUAAUUUUGUUGACGUUUUUAUUGGCCAUCUAUACAGAACUGCUUUUAAAGCAGUACGUUAAUUAGGCAACAACAGAAAUCAGAAUAAUAAACUAUGCAAAAUACCCAACUCCGCUGGUUUUCAUUAUACAUGCAUUGAAUGGAUACAGAUCCUCGGUGUACUAAUCUAAAACUAAAUAAAUCUCUAAAAUAUGUUGGAGAAAUAAAAUUGAUAGCAGUACCAAAGGAAUCACUCCAGACUCCAGAACAGGGCCUAACAUCUAGGAACCACUGUGGUUUUGUGUUGUGGUUGCAAUACAAAAUCCUUCUGUAAAACAGCAAGAAAAACUCUAGGAAUGAUAAUACCAGUCAUGUCCAGCUGUACCAUGCUACUGCAGCUUUUCUGCUUUCCACUUGUGAGCGGGGAAGCACCUCAGUCAGUAGCACAAAGUAGCCCUUGUCUCUACAUGUGUAAGUCUCUCUCACAUAACCCAUUCAAAUCCUUACUUAUAGCCCCAUAACAGAAUGCAUGAGCUAACAUCAGCACGUACUUGACUGUUCAAUCAGAACAUUGGAGCCUUAAAAAAAAAUCAGUCUGUGUAUUAUAGCCUGAACUUGCUCUUUCUCUUCUCUCUGGUUAAUGACCACAUUUUUAUUUAACUGAACUGCUUAAGAAUUGCCCCUCUGCUGCCUUUGCCUAGUUCACACUGCCCUCCUCAGCGCCCCCACAGCCAUCAGAGGCAAGAACGUCGCAUUUAAAAUCUUACAGGCAGCCACUAACAGAGAAAGAUGCUGUUGGCCAGCAUCAGCUAACUUUAUGCACAUGGAAUAUCUCAUCCCCAUGCAAAUAUUUAAAGCUGAAAAAACCAGCGUAGUCAUCAGGAAAGUGCUACUUUUCUUGUAGAACAGGAGCAAGGUUUGACCCUAACUGAUGUGGUCUCAGGCCACUGCAUGUGUUUUGCACUUCAUUCUGUAGUGUGACUAUGCAGAUACAACUGAUGUGUCUAUGCAUAGAUUCCUGUAGCUCCAGCCACUUUCAUAUUCUGAGCAUUUGGCAUAUUUACAGAGCAAUACCCACAUCUGUAGUAUGUUUAUCAUGCACCCUCCAUAUUUGUGUCACAGUGGCAAUGGUGAAUGCAGUUGUUCUGGUAACUUCCCCACAGCAGUCUUUUCUGAGCAUUCAGCUGCCAUAGAAUUACCACCACCAGCUCUUGGUUAACACGCUUUCAUGUCUUUAAGACAUGAAGAUACAGGUUUAAUACUCUCCUAGGGAUAAACACUCAUGUGAGAAUAAACAACUUAUUUUAGCAUCUAGAAAGAAUUACUAGGGAAAGAUUUACAUAGACCUGGGCAAAACUUCCCUUGUAAAACUCCAAGCACAGGCUUUUGCCUCAUGACAGAUAAAAAAAAUCAUGUCCUCUGAACUGUAGCUGGCUCAUGUCAAGGCCAAGCAAAGUUUACACCUAUGACAAAGUACCUGUAAGGUACUUUGCCUUUCAAUGUGACCUUCAAGUUUUGUUUAAAACCUAAACCUUACUGUAAAAUUCUCUGACAAAUCCUCAGCUGCCAAAGAUCUAACCCCCACCUCUAAAUACCGUGUGUUACCACAUGUAAUGUCCAUCUGCACUUGAUAUAGUAACAUCUCAGCAUCCGCAGAGCUCAGUGCAGCAUUAGUAUGAAACCAAGUGGCAAGCAAGUUACCAAGUAGAGCGGUCCAGCUCUGCGUGCUGCCUGCACUUUGUACUUCUCUUGGCAGCUGAGGCCCACGCUCAGAGUGCCUAAGCUCUUGGAAUCAGUGUGAGUUACAUACCUGGAUAAUACUCAGGACCCAGUCUUUGAAUCCUUCAAUCCCUACACACGGGUUCACAAGUUCUCAGGAAAGGGGAAGUCCUGUACAGUUCCUGAUGUCACCCGCUCUGCUGCUGUCCUCUAUAACCCUCCUGCUUGAAAAAUCCACAAGAACCAGCACAUCUUCCCAUGCAUCCCAGCGCCCCAAAACUAGAACCUUCACCUUUGCACAGAUCCAGUUUUGACAUGUAGGAAGCUGACCACAGCAAGCCAAAGCAAUGUAUUUAUUCCUAGUUCAUCUGUGUAAAAGCUUAUUCAGAAAUCAAGCAUGUGCUUUGGCUAUUUUCACCUUCAGCAAUCCAUUCUAGAAAUGCCAUUACUCGGUGAUGAAUUGUUUUUAAUUCACCAAGAAAAGUGAAGUGCUUUCUUUCCUUGUCCUUUUGUGGGGUUGUGCUACGAUUAUGCAUAAGCAAGCUACUUACCUGUUACUCUAGUUAAAGUACUCUAUGUACAGUGCUAACCAUGGCAUAUGACACAAAAUACAGUUAGUUUUUUCCAAUUUCUGAUCAUUCCACAAUUGUUUGAAGAAAUAAUGCAAUACCAUCAAUUAAAAAAAAAUAAAGUUUCUCUUCUUUUUUCAGUAUAAAAGGACCAAGUUACCAUAGCACAGAAGCACAAGCAUUGGAUUUUAUGCAAUGUAGGUAACAGCCUCUGGCAGCUAAAGAUCCCUCUUCACUGAGCCUCCCUAUUUUGAGUAGGGCUUCUAUAGGGGUAAAACCUAAGGGUCUCUUGGCAGCCCUCACCAGCAACAUGCCUGGGACUCCAGGAAGUUGUACAGCUGCAAGGAAGAAGUUGUAGCUCCUCUUUCUGUCAUUUCCACUGAUCACCCUCAGAACAUAUACUUUAUAUGUGACACUAACUGUAUCGUAUCAUACUAAAAAACCAGCUUUGGCCAAACAUGGGGUGCUGGCUAAUUAAAAAGAAAAAUAAAAAAGCACAUGGUGUAAGUAUGCAUCAACCUUUUCACUUAGUGCUCAGAGGUCUCCAAGCUAAAAACUAAAAGCAGAGGGAAGAAGAAAUGCUCUAAUUCUGUGGCUAUCAGUGGAGCUACACUGUAUGAUCCUGGAUUAAUGCAAUAAUGAGCUUGCCUGUGGGACCAGAUCACUCAAAUUCUCUUCAUUUUUGGCAAGUUCACAAGUUGAGGCUUGCACAGUCUCCACUGCCACACUGAAUCAGGGAACUGCGUUCAUGAAAGGCAUUUUUUGUUAAGAAACAUGGCAACAGGAUCUAUUUCAAUCCUUCUACCCCAACAUCCCACUUUUCAAAAAGUAGUUAUGUAUUUCCAUAAAUUUCAUCUAAAUACCAUGGAGCACCAGGGCCCUAGCUCCUAGGCAUGCGUUUGGUUCACCUGGGCUGCAGUGGAAUGCCAUGCUUCCACAAAAAGCAAGAUGAAAUGAGAGAGCUGAGCUAGCGGAGAGGCACAGGUACGCAGGUUCAAGCAAGGGACAAAUAUCACCUCCACAAGCAGGCAGUGGCUCCUGCGCCCCCUGCUCUGCAGAGGAAAGCAGGAAUCCAUACCAAAGGGAGAACAGCCAGGAAGGGCAGAGCACAGUGGUGACAGAGCUCUACGCUCCAUGCUGUUUGCUGGAGCCGAUGGGAGCAAGAGAUUGAAAAGUGCAAUGACAGCAGUGAGCAUCUUCUUUCAGUUCCCCCCACUUUCUCUCCCUCCCCCCCUUUCUGUCAUCAUUUGAGACUGCAAACACACGUCCAGGGCCCCUCCAACCAGAACUGAAAGCAAGCCAAAGGGAGUGGACACUCCAUUCUGCCAAAGAUCUAAGCCUUUCCUGUUUGAAAAUUUAAAAAUUCAAAGUUUAUUUCCAUGAUGAUGGCUGCCAUAGGAAACAUUUUACCACAAAACAUGAUUCCCAGGACUCCAUCUCUAGCUGUAUAUUCAGGAGGAGCCACUAAUCCUUUUUAAGAGAGACUGUAAAUUCCCUUGUCAAGCAAGUGCUUACAUUGGGUUUACCUUGUACUGAGUUCACACUUAGCUGCAAUUCCCCGGUCUCAUCCACGUUUCCUUCCUCUACCUGUCUGCUCUUCUUUAGAGAACCACAUCCCAUGUCCACCGUGUCCUGUUGUGCUGCUAGCUUUGUUUGGUCCUUGGGUGUCCAGUGGUCAGGCAGUCUCUGUCAGCUGGCUUGCAAAUUGUAUUUUGUGUAUAUUUUAUUCUGACUGAAUUCUGAAAUGGAAAUAUUUUAAAACAAAAAAAUUAUAAACUAUUUAUGUUGCUUGUGUUGUAGAAUAAAGAAGCAAAUGCAAAAUAAAUUCUG